AAACUCUGGGUUCUGUGAUUCAAAUUGCACAAAUUUACUGGAGCCUUAUUUACAAUUCCUUCGAUGAGCUUAUUUGCGUAGAGCAUCUCAGUUUGUCACUACCAUGGGUCUGUUGCCGCGAUAAGGCUUUUCGAGUAUUAAUGAUACCAUAUGCGUGAUGUUCAUGUGGGCAUAAUGACUCAAGGUACCAUGCCGUUGCAGGUAACUCCAUAUAACCCAGCAAUCACUCCUUCCAGUUCUUUAGACUUCAAAAGAAGAGUUAAUGAGCCACAUUACAGCCUCAAAACAUCAACAGAACUUCUGAAAGUAUUAAACCGUAUUUGGAGCUUGGAAGAGCAGCAUGCAUCCAAUAUAUCACUGAUAAAAGCAUUGAAGAUGGAGCUUGAUCAUUCCCGAGUCCGGAUUAAGGAGUUGCUUCGGGACCAACAAGCUGAUCGACACGAGAUAGAUGCUUUGAUGAAGCAAAUUUCGGAAGAUAAACGUUCGAAGAAUAAGGAACAGGAUCGAAUUCUUGCUGCUGUUCAGUCAGCAAGAGAUGAGCUAGAAGAUGAGAGGAAGCUAAGAAAGCGUUCAGAGAGCCUACACCGUAAGCUAGCUCGAGAACUUUCUGAUGCAAAAUCUUCUCUAUCUCAUGCCUUGAGAGAGCUGGAAAAGGACAGAAAAUCAAGGAAAUUGUUGGAAGAUCUCUGUGAUGAAUUUGCCGUUGGUAUAAGAGACUAUGAACAUGAGGUUCAUUCAUUGAAACAAAGGUAUGACAAGGAUUGGGCUGGAGGAUCUGAACGGGACCGUUUGAUUCUCCAUAUAUCUGAAUCAUGGCUUGAUGAGAGGAUGCAGAUGAAGUUCGAAGAAGCCCAAAGUGGUUCAGCAGAAAAGAGCUCGAUUGUAGACAAAUUGAGCCUCGAAAUCGAGACAUUCCUUCAAGCUAAGAGGAAGGACGCCCUUAAGAGCAUCGACAGCACAUUACCAAGGGAACGGCGAAAUUCACUUGAAUCUGUUCCUCUGAAUGAGGUUGUAAGUGCGCCUCAAGAUCUGGGUGAUGAAGAUGAUUCUGAUGGAAGUGAUUCUAAUUGUUUUGAGCUGAAUCGACAAACCCAUGGUGAGUUUAAGGCAUAUAUGGAUGAAGCGUCAGAAGAUCCUGCUGAUGACAAAGUCGAAAUAGAGCUAACCAAGAAAAAACGCGCACCUCGUGGGAGGAGGAAAGCUCAGAAUUCAUCCAGUGUUCAGGCUAAGUCUGAAAAAGCUGGUACCACAAGGGAUAAAGGGCUGAUGGAAACCCAGCCGAGGUUACGUCACCCACAAAUUGGACAACCAUGA